GGUGUGACAGAGCGCUCUAUGUUACAGUGAUAUCGAUUGGUUGAAACCUAUUGCGAGAAAGAAGACUUCUUACGUAAUCAGGUCGAGUUUACUUUGAGGAACAGGAGGGACAACUUUCACAUUGCAUUUCGAUGAACGAGGGUAGUGAUAAACAUGGUUUGGGACUGGCCUCAAGUGGAGUUUUCGUGACUUUGUAGGACCUCGGACCCCACGCUCCGACCAACGUUUUAUCGACCUCGGAAUAGCAGAGCAGAUAGCAAGGGUCUCUUUGGACCAGCAGUAAGCAUGCUAACUUCUCUGUUCGCAUUUGGAACUGUUAUUCAUGCUUGUUAUGCGUAUGAUUUUUUUUGAAGUUCGUGGGUAAUCGGGGGAGGGAAACUUAAACUAGAUUUAUUUAUUUUUAAAGUCAAAGUAAUUAUGUUGGGGAAUGAGGGGAUCUAUGCAGCGAAGAAGAGGAAGAAACCCGUCCAGAAAAGUCUGACGCAUGCUCCAGGUGACGGUGUGGUAAAGACCAACCCUUCAAAACGUCACCGGAACCGUCUGAACGGGGAGCUGGACCGGCUGACCAGCCUGCUGCCCUUCUCCCCAGAGGUCAGGGGUAGGUUGGACAAAUUGUCCGUCCUGCGGCUCAGCGUGGGAUACGUCAAGGUCAAGAGCUUCUUCCAUGCGACCCUCCAGAAGAAGUGUGAGUGGCCGGCCCCCCCUCUCAGUGGGAACUGGAGGAACGGACGGACAGCCACUUCUAUAGACGGAGUCAGCCUCUCCGAGGGAAACCUACUGCUGCAGGCUCUGAAUGGUUUUGUCCUGGUGGUCACCACUGAUGGCUCUAUCUUCUACGCCUCUCCAACCAUCCAGGACUACCUGGGCUUCCACCAGUCUGAUGUGGUGCACCAGAGUGUGUAUGAGCUGAUACACAUGGAUGACAGAGCCAUGUUCAGGUGUCAGCUUCACUUCGCCCUCAAGCCCAAUCAGACCGACUCAGAGGCCGGACCAGAUGCCAUCCAGUCUAGCAGUAGGCCCCACAGUGAGUCUAUGAGCUACCUGACCCAGCACAUCCCUGAAGAGAACAGGUCCUUCCUAGAGAGAAGCUUCUGCUGUCGCUUCCGCUGUCUCCUAGACAACUCCUCCGGCUUCCUGGCGUUGAACUUCCAGGGACGUCUGAAGUAUGUUCGAGGCCAGGGAAGGCUGGGGGAUGACGGGGCCUCGGUCCCCGCUCAGCUGGCCCUGUUUGCCAUCGCCACACCCAUGCAGACCCCAGCUGUCAUGGAGAUCAGGACCAAGACACUCAUUUUCCAGACCAAACACAGACUCGACUUCGCCCCCAUGGGCAUAGAUACUAGAGGUAAAGUGGUGCUGGGUUACUCUGAGACAGAGUUGGUCACUCCAGGCUCAGGUUACCAGUUCAUCCAUGCUGCUGACAUGAUGUACUGCGCAGACAACCACAUCAAAAUGAUAAAGACAGGAGAGACUGGUUUCACCAUCUUCAGGCUGCUGACUAAGGCAGGUGUGUGGGUGUGGGUUCAGGCCAACGCCAGGGUCGUCUUCAAGGCAGGGAGACCCGACUUCAUCAUCGCUCGACAGAAAGCCCUAACAAACAAAGAGGGCGAGGAGCACCUGCAUAAGCGGAGAAUGGAGCUUCCCUUCAACUUUGCCACUGGGGAGGCUCUGCUGUAUGAGUCCUGUCCCUCUCUGAAUACUGCCAUUAUGCCUCCAGGACCACCCAUCCCCCCUGGUCUCACUCCCCCAGGCUCCAGCCCUGAGGACAAGCCCCUGGACCCUGCGUCUCUCCUGGGGUCCCUACUCAGUCAGGACCGCUCUGUUUAUACUCAGCCCCAGGACGCUAAACCUAACCUGGACCUCCAGGUYUUUUCCCCCAACCUAGACACAGCCUUCCCCCAGGACCAGGACCCAGGCCUGGAGAGAGCCUUCCUGGACAGCCACGCUCUGCUGAGUGUCCCUGGGGAGCUCCAGGGGCCCCAGAGGCCCAGCAGGGGAGACCCCACAGCGCAGGCCAUGAUGGACUCUCUGGGGGAGAUCCUGGGGGAGAUGGGGGCGGGGGGCUUGGAGGGGCUGGAGGUGGAGGAGACAGAGCUGAGGGAGUGGGAGAGCACUCUCCUCAGGAUCAACAUGGAACAGCAGGAUGUGACGGGGGAGCUGUAUGAUAUCUUAGCCAAUGAUGUGUUCUCCUACGUGGAGGAGGCUCUGAUGAGAGAGCGUGAUGAUGGAUGUGUGAAGGGCAGCUUGGGACAGGGCACUGAGCCAAUCAACAGACUUUCUGCUCACAUCACUGCCAAUCAAAACAUACUACGUGGGUUCCCUCACUCCCAGAGUUCCAUAUUGCCAGGAAACCAGGGGUUCAAUGGCGGGAACGGCUCCCACAGUGAGAACCUAUGGCAUUUGGCUGGUCCACACAUGACCUCUAACCUCAACAGCUUUGGAGAGCAGAGGUUGCUAGGAAAUGGAGUUGUUGGUGGUGUGGAGCAAGGGCUGGGGUGUAGUCCUGGGACUGUGAGAGAGCCACGGAGGACUGUAAACACAAACACACUACCCAGAGCUGCUCAGACCGUUGCAGGGCAAUGGACUCAAGGAAGCGGUGCAGAUCUCCAUGGCAACCAAAUGGUCCCACAACCUUCUCAUACUAUCAACCAACCAGAGUCCUGGAUACCCUCCAUCCAAAAUAUAUAUCAUAAUAACCACACCUCUCUCCCUGUCCCUCUCCCAAACUUUAACAACAAUCUCCCUGAGGCCUUUGACCAAACCAUGCAGCCCAGCCUGGAGUUAUACCACUCUGAGACUGGAGAUGCAAACAGGCAGUUCUCAGGGCAGCCCUAUCCAGGUCUGUCAUAUCAGGACCCAAGGCAGUCUUGGCAACAGCCACGGCAACACACACAAUGGCAACCACGGCAGAUACCACAGGGUUUUCCUGCUAAGCCGGUAAACAGACAUCGUCACACACACCCCAAACACAGCACACACAUACCGUCCAAUAACGCAUCCAGAACUCAAACACUCACACACAUACCGUCCAAUAACGCAUCCAGAACUCAAACACUCACACACAUACCGUCCAAUAACGCAUCCAGAACUCAAACACUCACACACACCACACACACACCCUCAGGCAGCUGUAUGUUUGACAAGACAGCUCCAAAUGUCUCCAAUCCCUCCAGCCCCCUUACAACUGCCCCAAGCAGAUCACACGGUCUCAUACCUGCUCCCACUCACUACAAUGGACCCAGACCCUCUCCCACUCUUUCCAAUUACUGUAGAACCAGCUCCUCAACCCAGGCCCCCAAAGUCUUUAUGACUUACCCUCAAGCGUCCAUAAUCCCAAGAUCUACCAACUCUUAUCCCCAAGACUCCAUUCCUAACCUAACCUACCCCCCAGCCUCCAUCCCCACCCCCAUCCCCGCCCUAUCCAGAGGGGCUCAGACGGAUAAGGACACAGGAGCUAUCCCUGCCUGGUCUGGGGCUCCGUACCUGGGCAUGAAGCAGCUCCCAGGCCCCUUUCCCAGCCCCAAGCAGGUUCCCCAGAGCACAUGGGGAAAUGGCAGCUGUAGUGAUCCCAAUGAAGGAAGCUUGAUGCUGGGUCAGAGGGGGUUGGAAGAAAGCCUCCUUCCUGGAGGUCCGACGCCAGGAUUUCCUCCUGAGAACGGAUCUGUAGAGUCAUCUUUAUUCUACUGGAAUGGACAAACACAGGUCCCUGCCGGUCCUAAUGGUGAUGUGGAUCCUUUUCUCUUCACUGGCAACAUCUCCUAGAUUCUCUAGGACUAAGAGGAACCUACAAGUAACCAUCUCCACAAUGGAACCACCAACAUCUUUUGGACUCUAGGACCUACCUUGGAACCACCAACAUCUUUUGGACUCUAGGACCUACCUUGGAACCACCAACAUCUUUUGGACUCUAGGACCUACCUUGGAACCACCAACAUCUUUUGGACUCUAGGACCUACCUUGGAACCACCAACAUCUUCUGGAAGAAUACAACUGUACAAAAACCAGCACCUCUAUUGAAGACUGUUGGAGCUGGAUAAUAUUCUAUAUUAUAUUUAAUUUCCUUGUUCGGUUGAAGGGUGCUGCUUUCCAGCCAUGGACAGCCAUCGGUUUAAUGUUCAGACUAGGGCUGUUACGGUGACCGUAUUACUGCCACGGUGACCGUAUUACUGCCACACCGGCAGUCACUAGUCAUGA